GGUUGGCCAUACAGAGGCUGGGGGCGGGGAGGAGGUCAAGCGUAGCCUCUUCUCCUUUACCAAGAUGGCGCCUUGUCCGCGUUCCGCCACAGUUCCUACCUUAUGAGCCUGGUUUCUUCACGCUAAUAAGAUUGGAACAGGUUCUCGGGUUUUAAGAAGUCUUCAGCCGUCCUGAAUCGUGAGCCUUUGUCUGUGACAGUCUUCCUUGGUGAAGCUUGACGACUUUGCUGUCUUCAGAAAAUUCAUAGCAUGCAGGCAAAAGCUGGCAGGCUGACAUAGAGGCGGCCUCAGGACGGACUUUCUGGCUACUGACCAUUUUGCUGUGGCUUACCCGGAUUUCGUGUGGGUGUGAGAUCAACCAUGAGUUCUGUUGCAGUUUUGACCCAAGAGAGUUUUGCUGAACACCGAAGUGGGCUGGUUCCGCAACAAAUCAAAGUGGCCACUUUAAAUUCAGAAGAGGAGAGUGACCCUCCAACUUACAAGGAUGCCUUCCCGCCACUUCCUGAGAAAUCAGCUUGCUUGGAAAGCGCCCAAGAACCUGCUGGAGCCUGGAAUAACAAGAUCCGGCCUAUCAAGGCCUCUGUCAUCACUCAGGUGUUCCAUGUGCCCCUGGAAGAAAGAAAAUACAAGGACAUGAACCAAUUUGGAGAAGGUGAACAAGCAAAAAUCUGUCUUGAGAUCAUGCAGAGGACCGGUGCUCACCUGGAACUCUCUCUGGCCAAAGACCAAGGCCUCUCCAUCAUGGUCUCAGGGAAGCUGGAUGCUGUCAUGAAAGCCCGGAAAGACAUCGUUGCUAGAUUGCAGACUCAGGCCUCAGCAACCGUUCCCAUUCCUAAAGAACACCAUCGUUUUGUUAUUGGCAAAAAUGGAGAGAAACUACAAGACUUAGAGCUAAAAACUGCAACCAAAAUCCAGAUCCCACGCCCAGAUGACCCCAGCAAUCAGAUCAAGAUCACUGGCACCAAAGAGGGCAUCGAGAAAGCUCGCCAUGAAGUCCUUCUCAUCUCUGCUGAGCAGGACAAGCGUGCUGUGGAGAGACUAGAAGUGGAGAAGGCCUUCCACCCCUUCAUCGCAGGGCCAUACAACAGGCUUGUGGGUGAGAUCAUGCAGGAGACAGGGACACGCAUCAACAUCCCUCCACCGAGCGUCAGCCGGACAGAGAUUGUCUUCACUGGAGAGAAGGAGCAGUUGGCUCAGGCUGUGGCUCGAAUCAAGAAAAUUUAUGAGGAAAAGAAAAAGAAGACCACGACCAUCGCAGUGGAGGUGAAGAAAUCCCAGCACAAGUAUGUCAUUGGGCCGAAGGGCAACUCACUGCAGGAAAUCCUCGAGAGGACAGGUGUCUCUGUUGAGAUUCCGCCCUCAGACAGCACCUCAGAGACAGUGAUCCUUCGAGGCGAGCCUGAGAAGUUGGGGCAGGCGUUGACUGAAGUCUAUGCCAAGGCCAAUAGUUUUACAGUCUCCUCAGUCUCUGCCCCUUCCUGGCUUCAUCGUUUCAUCAUUGGUAAGAAAGGGCAGAACCUGGCCAAAAUCACUCAGCAAAUGCCAAAGGUUCACAUUGAGUUCACAGAAGGUGAGGACAAGAUCACCCUGGAAGGCCCCACAGAGGAUGUAACUGUGGCUCAGGAACAGAUUGAAAGCAUGGUGAAAGACCUGAUUAACCGGAUGGACUACGUGGAGAUCAAUAUCGACCACAGGUUCCACAGACACCUCAUUGGAAAGAGUGGCGCCAACAUAAACAGAAUCAAAGACCAGUACAAGGUGUCCGUGCGCAUCCCUCCUGACAGUGAGAAGAGCAACCUGAUCCGCAUUGAGGGGGACCCGCAGGGCGUGCAGCAGGCCAAGCGGGAACUGUUGGAUCUUGCCUCUCGCAUGGAAAAUGAACGUACCAAGGAUCUAAUCAUUGAGCAGAGAUUUCAUCGCACAAUCAUUGGGCAGAAAGGUGAACGGAUCCGUGAAAUUCGUGAUAAAUUCCCAGAGGUUAUCAUCAACUUUCCAGACCCAGCGCAAAAAAGUGACAUCGUCCAACUCAGAGGGCCCAAGAAUGAAGUGGAAAAAUGCACCAAGUACAUGCAGAAGAUGGUGGCAGAUCUGGUGGAAAACAGCUACUCUAUUUCUGUUCCAAUCUUCAAACAAUUUCACAAGAACAUCAUUGGAAAAGGAGGUGCAAACAUUAAGAAGAUCCGUGAAGAAAGCAACACCAAGAUCGACCUUCCAGCAGAGAACAGCAACUCAGAGACCAUCGUCAUCACAGGCAAACGUGCCAACUGUGAGGCUGCACGGAGUCGGAUUCUGUCCAUCCAGAAAGACCUGGCCAACAUAGCCGAGGUGGAAGUCUCGAUCCCAGCCAAGCUACACAACUCCCUCAUUGGCACAAAGGGCCGUCUGAUCCGCUCCAUCAUGGAAGAGUGUGGCGGAGUCCACAUUCACUUUCCUGUAGAAGGCUCUGGAAGUGACACUGUUGUUAUCAGAGGCCCUUCCUCAGAUGUGGAGAAGGCCAAGAAGCAGCUCCUGCACCUGGCUGAGGAGAAGCAAACCAAGAGUUUCACUGUGGACAUCCGAGCCAAGCCAGAGUACCACAAAUUCCUUAUCGGCAAAGGGGGUGGCAAAAUCCGAAAGGUGCGGGACAGCACCGGAGCCCGCAUCAUAUUCCCCGCCGCAGAGGACAAGGACCAGGACCUGAUCACCAUCAUAGGAAAAGAGGAUGCUGUUCGGGAGGCGCAGAGAGAGUUGGAGGCCUUGAUCCAGAAUCUGGAUAAUGUGGUUGAAGACUACAUGCUGGUGGACCCCAAGCACCAUCGCCAUUUUGUCAUCAGAAGAGGCCAGGUGCUGCGGGAGAUUGCUGAGGAGUAUGGUGGGGUAAUGGUCAGCUUCCCACGCUCUGGCACACAGAGUGACAAGGUCACACUCAAGGGUGCUAAGGACUGUGUGGAGGCAGCCAAGAAGCGCAUCCAGGAGAUCAUUGAGGACCUGGAGGCUCAAGUGACAAUGGAGUGUGCUAUUCCUCAGAAGUUCCAUCGGUCUGUCAUGGGCCCCAAAGGUUCCAGAAUCCAGCAGAUCACUCGGGAUUACAAUGUUCAGAUCAAGUUUCCGGACAGAGAGGAGACUCCUGCUCAUGGCAUGGAACCUGCCAUCCAGGAGAAUGGAGACGAAGCUAGUGAGGGCAGAGAGGCUGACCCUGGUUCACCCAGGAGGUGCGACAUCAUCACCAUCUCCGGCCGGAAAGAGAAGUGUGAGGCUGCCAAGGAAGCUUUGGAGGCACUCGUUCCAGUCACCAUUGAAGUGGAGGUGCCCUUUGAUCUUCACCGUUACAUCAUUGGGCAAAAAGGAAGUGGGAUCCGAAAGAUGAUGGAUGAGUUUGAGGUAAAUAUACACGUCCCAGCUCCUGAGCUGCAGUCUGACGUCAUUGCCAUCACAGGACUUGCUGCAAAUCUGGACAGGGCCAAGGCAGGGCUGCUAGAGCGUGUGAAGGAGCUGCAGGCUGAGCAGGAAGACCGGGCUCUACGGAGUUUCAAGCUGAAUGUCACUGUAGACCCCAGGUACCAUCCCAAGAUCAUUGGGAGGAAAGGGGCGGUGAUCACCCAAAUCCGCUUGGAACAUGAUGUGAACAUCCAGUUUCCCGAUAAGGAUGAUGGGAGCCAGCCCCAGGACCAAAUCACCAUCACUGGGUAUGAGAAGAACACAGAAGCUGCCCGGGAUGCCAUUCUGAAGAUUGUGGGUGAGCUUGAGCAGAUGGUGUCUGAGGAUGUUCCCCUGGACCACCGUGUCCAUGCCCGAAUUAUUGGCGCCCGUGGCAAAGCCAUCCGCAAAAUCAUGGAUGAGUUCAAGGUGGACAUUCGCUUCCCCCAGAGCGGAGCCCCAGACCCCAACUGUGUCACUGUGACGGGGCUCCCAGAGAAUGUGGAGGAGGCCAUUGACCACAUCCUCAACCUGGAGGAAGAAUAUCUGGCUGACGUGGUGGACACUGAGGCUUUGCAGGUCUACAUGAAGCCCCCGGCGCAUGAGGAAGCCAAGGCCCCGUCCAAGGGCUUUGUGGUACGGGACGCUCCCUGGGCCAGCAGCAGCGAGAAGGCUCCUGACAUGAGCAGCUCUGAGGAAUUUCCCAGCUUUGGGGCGCAAGUGGCUCCCAAGACCCUUCCCUGGGGUCCCAAACGAUAAUGAUCAAAAAACAAAAGCCUUUCCAGCCUGCUGACAUGCACCCACCCACACAGUGGUUUGUCUCCACCUGACCCAGCGGCUGGACCCUCAUGAAUUGUUGACGCUCUUUCCCUCCCUGAGGUCUUGCAAUGAUGCCUGGUGGGCCGGCCUUCCAUGGCCGCUCCUUCAGGCCUGGUUGGCACCCAGCAGCUCGGCAUCCACCUCCGACACUGCACCAGGACAGGUGCGCCACUGUCUGAAACACUAAGCCAAGGUAAUUGAGCACCUCAUGACCACACAGACUCCAGCUUCCUGUCCACCCAGCAUGUGGUCAGCACUCUGACCUCCAUUAUCAGAGCUCUGCAGCAGCGGCUAGGAGUCGACUUCCUGUGUCAUGACCUCAGGAAAUAAAUUUCCUUGACUUUAUAAAAGCCAAAA